CUCACUCGUCUCAGUCGACUGGUGGACAUUCAACGGUAAAGUUAAGUCUGCGAUUUGUGUUAUAUCAGAACCAACCAUCUUAAAACGAACACGGUUAUUAUGUCAUUAUGAAAGUGUCCGGAAUUAGUAGUUUGAAAGUGAAAAUUGGUUAGUGGGGUACUGAGGUACCAUACGUUCCUGAAUUGCAAAUAUUUAUAUAAUCUCAAGAAAUUGUUUAAAAUCUAUAUAAAAACUUAAAAAGUGCAUGUUUUUACAAGUGACUCGACAGUUUCGUAUGUACAUGACUGACAAAUGUGGUGAUGGUGAUUAGUUAAGUAGUUAAUGUGUAAAUUUCUGGUGGACAAAACUCUACCGGAAACUACACUUUUAAGGAACAUGAUGUGAAAGUGUGUUUAUUUAUUAAGUUUAUCGAUCUAUGCAUCUAUAUAAAAAUUUACGUUUCUCUUCGCCUGAUUUUAUUUACGAAUAAUUAAUUACUGUAAACAAUUAAAUAAUUCUCUACUUACUACUGGAGUCAUCAUCAUGUCGUUGGGCAACUUAUCGACGAAAAUGCAUUUAAAAUAUAGUCAUACCAUUUUUGUAGUUUCAUUGGUCCUGGUCUUGUUAACCCAGCAGUCUCAACAAUCCCAGAUCUACCAUAAUCGCAGUCAAUCUUCGACACAGUUGGAUUUUGGCCAAAGAUUUUUUGACGCACUAAAUUCAUUAAGAUUAAAACGACAACUGUUUCGAGAAGAUAUUCCGCAUCAUCGGCCUUUGACGGGAAAUACGUAUUCCCAGAUUCACGGAUUUCCUCAUCCUGGAAGGUGGGCUGAUGGCACGAAAUCUAAAGAUGUUCCAAAUGGAAAUCUCCCCCCGGCCCAUUCCCAAUAUUUUGACAUGCUGGAUGGAGGAAGGCUUGGACGGUAUCAUACUGGAUUUGCCGUCGGAGGGGCAAAUAGUGGGGGUAGUUCUGCUAGUGGUGGAGAUUUUGGGGGUGGUGGUGGUGGUGGUGUCAAAGAUGUAUCGUUCGGGAACGAAUUGGUACAUCAUCAUCAUGACGAUGAACAUAAUAACGGUGGUGGUACUGGUGGGGGAGGAAACGACUUUGGCUUUACUGGAUUUGGUGGGGAUCAUCAAGAUCAGUACAACCCCCCACCGUCGAAACCACCACCCAGCUAUGAGUUCCAAUCUGGCGAAAAAGGUCUUCAAAAUCUAAACCAUCAUUACGGUGCUCCACCUCAAGUGAAUGUCCAAAUACAUGGAAAUUAUCCCGACAACAAUAAACAUCGUCCUGCCGAAGAGCCCAAAACUUUUAUUCACUACCAUCCCGUCCAAUAUUCACAAGUUCUGAACAUUCCGGAAACCACUUUCGAACCGUCGCCACCUCCACCGACUAAACAUCACGGUGCAACAAGUAACAGCUACGGUCCACCCAACCAUCAGCCGCACCCUCCCCUCGGAAUCGUGGAAGAAGGCGGCUUCGUCCCCAGUACGGGAAUUUCUUACGAUAAUGUGCCAAAGAAACCGGAUAAUCAUCAUAAUCAUCACCAAGUCCAUCAAAUUCAUCAUCAUCACCAUCACGAAAAUCCGGAGCCAAUAAAUCCAUAUCGGUUCGACCCUUACAAAAUAUUCUCUCACCAUCAACACCACCCAAAGCCAGAAGAGCACUCGGCUCCAGUCGCCAUCCCAAUUUUGGCCCAAUUUCAUACAUCGAAACCAAUAAAAUUCACCAAACUUAAAGAACCCAUCCACAUCAUUUAUCGACACCCUCCUCCAUCCGGUCCUCCAAAUCAUAACGAACAUCACCACCAUUACGGCGAACCCCCGAGACGACCCCCCCAUAAUUUCUUCCAUAAUUUCAUGCGACGUCCCAAAAUGCCCCUUUAUCCUCCACAAAAUCAUCCCGACUGGUUCUACAAUCAGAGAUUAUAACACGUAAGAAAAGGUACUUGAUCCACACACGCACGCAGCGAAGGAAGAAGAAGAAGACGAAGAAACUAAAGACUGUUCAUAUAAUUUUUUAUGUUUCUUAUACACUUAAUCUUUGUUAAGUAUUUCAUAACUUUAUGGUUAAUAUUUUUUUAAACUAGGAUUACCACUUUAUGUUUUAUGUUGGCGAUGGGUGAUGCGUACAUAAUAAUGCAAUAUGUGUAAUAUCAAAGAUAAGUACACGCAAAGUUGUAACAAUGUCUGUUUGUGAGGGAGUAGUAAAGUAGUAAAUAAAUAGUACUGCAUAUUUAGCUGGUAGUAGUGAAGACAGGGGUCUAAUUUACCGUGUCAUGUUUUGAUACGGAGCAAAAUUGCAUAAUUUGCGGUGGUGUGUGUCUUAUAAAAUACAACUGCCGACAUUUGCAUGGUUUUCGACAAUGGAAGAAAGGGAAACUAAACCAUUUCCUAUAUUUGUAUGUACGGCAUGUCCUGUGUUAAUACUGCUGCUGACCAACAGCAAAGCCACACCGUUCUAAAUUCAAUUCAAUCUAUUUUUAUUGCCAUCUCCGUUAGCAUGCAGUUUAAAAUUAAAGAAGUCAGUGUGCUUUUUAUUGAUGCUGUUCACUCACCAGCGUCAAGAUCUAUUGGCAGGAUAUGCGUAGGUAGGACUUAAGUAAAUCGUUACCAACUACACUUAAAAAGGAUUAAAUAAAGUAUGCAGUUGGUGUUACAAUGGAGACGCAAUUGCAAAAUUUGUCUCAUUAUUGUCAGAAUUGCAAAAAUUUAUAAAAUUUUAAAAUUUAUUUUUAUAAAAAUUAACACAAUAAUUUUAAAUAAGGGCAAUGUGGAUUGAUGAAUUAGACCGAGUCAGAUCGCAAAAUGCAAGAUACAGUUCCUCACAAUGGUAUUGGUCAAUAUAUGACAGAAAGAAAGUUUAUUGCGAUUUAGUUGGCUAAUCUAUACCAGAACAGAACAGAGAGAUGAGGUGUAUCUAUCUCUAGUACGUAUGACGUAUGUAGUGCUAUACAUAGUUAGUUGACAGCCGCGGAUAAAUAGUGCAUUGUAAAAAACAGAAGGAAGACCGAUUCGAUAUCGACGAUAAUAAAAAUGUUUUCUUAAA